UAAUGUUUUGUAGGUACAGCAAGUAAACAGUUCCAUUUAAAUCUAAACUAAAUUAAUGACAAACAAAUGCGAACAAAACGAAACAUGACACCAAUUAAUAUGCACGAACAUGAAAUUAACUCGAACCACUCUAAGUAGUGUUUAAUGAAUUUAUACAGCAAAUAGCAGUAAGCUCCUAAACAUAACAAGAACUCGCUAACUCUUUGGAACACAAAUUAAAACGCCAUAUACCACCAUAAAAACAGCGAAUCCCAACAAGCCGUCAUUAAAUUCUAAUUAACAUUAGCGAUCUAGAUGCGCUCGCGCACCCCUCCUACACGGCAAAUCUCCGAGCCACAAAUCGACGCUUAUUACGACAAUAUCAAUAACUGUCAUUGCGCCCAAUCAUUAUAGUUUCGUCUCGUUUACGCGAAACAACAGUAAUUACCCGGCCAUUACCUACGUCUCUUUCGAACUCAUUAAUCUGAAGCGAGGUAAGUAACGUACAACUCUUUCCAUUUCUUUCGCGCGAAACAACGAACGAUGCUGGAAAAACGCGUCUCACAAAUGUACGUUCGUCUCCCUCGCACUCGCAUCUUAAAGCGCUUAUAUUAAAACCUUCAAAGUCCACUUUUUUCCUAAUUACACCACAGUUACAUUUCCAAAAUGACAAGACGAAAGUGUCUCGAAAAUUUGAAAUUGGAGCACUCCCCUCCACCCGUAGGGAUUCGUUAAGGCGCUCGCGCAUGUUUUUUCAACGUAAAAAAGAAAAUAAGGCUCGCGGGAAAGAGAGGCUUAGUUGGUUUUUAUAGUCGUUCUCCCGGUGCGCCGGCGCACGGAAGUAUCGGAGCUUCAGGAUCGUGCCUUAAUCUCAUUCUAAUAAAAAGCUCACGCAUAAAUUGACGCGCUGACAUUAGAUUUAAAUUAUAAUAGUUUUUUUAUUAGUGGAAGAUGAAAAUUCGUGUGAUAUCGUCCGUUUGUUGAAUAAUGCCGGACACGUGCUGUUUAUCGUUAUUUUUAUUGUCACAAUUAACAUUAAUUUUGUGAAGUAAAGUGCGAAGGGUUGUUUUUAUUAAGUUAUCAUUAAGACUUCGACGUUCGGGCUGUGUGGUCGUGUUUACUUUUUAUUUUAUUAAUUAUGAAUUGAUUGAUCGUGGUUCAAGUGUUAGAAAUAGUAAAUUUGUUUUGGAGAUUUUUAUUUUGAAAUUUUCAAGAUGUUUUUAAGAUUCGAGCCAACCAAAUCAACGAAGGGUGCCAGCAAGAUGCGCCGGGACCUCAUUAACGCGGAGAUAUCGAACCUCCGAGACCUGCUGCCGCUGCCGCCCUCCACCCGGCAGCGGCUCUCGCAGCUGCAGCUCAUGGCGCUCGUCUGCGUCUACGUCAGGAAGAUGAACUACUUCCAACAAGUGCUCAAGAGUCACGACUUCAGCUAUCAGUAUCAAGAACAACCAACUCCCACACCUAAUAUCGGAUUUUCAAAGGCAAUGAACGGUUUUAUGAUGAUGAUGACACAAAACGGAAAAUUGUUGUACAUAUCAGAAAACGCGGCUGAAUACUUAGGACAUUCGAUGGAGGACCUUCUAAUACAUGGGGACAGUGUAUAUGACAUCAUUGACAGACAAGACCACCAGACAGUCCAAAUGGAACUAAACAGAGGCAACGGAGAGACUGAAAACGUACCAAAGAAUAGACAUUUCUUCUGUAGAAUGAACGUGUCCAGAAACGCAAGAAGACAAAUGAGAUUUGGUGACCAAAAAGUAGUUCUGGUCCGAGGCCACUAUGUGUCGUACCUGCCGCUGUGCAGCCGCAACGAGCCGGUGUUCCUGGCGGUGUGCACGCCGCUCGCCAUGCCCGAGACGCGUGAGUGCGUCGUGCACGGCGCCACCAACGUCUUCACCACCGUACACGCCAUGGAUAUGAAGAUAUUACAUAUUGAUGCCAACGGUGAAUGGUAUUUAGGAUGGAAAAAAUCUGAAUUAGCUGACGUAUCUUGGUAUCAACUUAUACACUGGGACAGCUUACGGGAGGCACAGAGUAAACACAGAUUAGUAACACAAACGGAACAAGACAAAUGUUGCAUAUUACUAGUGAAGUUGCAACAACGGAGUGGCCAGUUCUUGUGGGUGCACGUCGUUUUACAAGUCAAGGAUGCGACGGAUACACCUCGACAGUUCAUAGUGGCUACUAAUCAAAUUUUAAGUGAGGAAGAGGCAACAAUAAUGCUGUCAAAUUCUUGGCUGUACCAAUACUAUGGUUACCAGAACCAGCCUUGUGGGAUGUUGGAUCCCCGAUGCCAGAAGUUCUUCCGACGGGACCAAUGUUACCAGGAGUAUCAGGAAUAUCCUUACUUGGAGAACCAGGAGUUGGAGUACCCUGGGUACCAUGUGUCUUCGUAUGUACAGCCGAAGGUUGUGGCAGACUAUGGCGGUUGUGAACGAGUGUACGUUGACCGAGGACCUGUGGACUAUUCGACGCAUUCGCCGCAGUCAACUGUCAGUGAAGAAAGAUCCCCCCACCAUUACGACCCGCCACCGGACAUCGUGGUCAACAGCAACAUGUACAUGUAUCCCCACCACGGCAAGCGCGAGUACUACGAGCAGUACCCCAGGGUCAACUACCAUGUGCAGGAGGCCUGUCCCAGCACGGCCAUUGACGGUAUGGACUACCCAAGCCCAAAACGAAUGCGUUUAGCUCCACCCCCGUUAACUAUAGAAGAAACUGAUGGUAUGGACCGAUGGAACCCCAGCCCUCCCUGGUCGGACACAACCCUCAAAGUACCAGAUUACAGCCAGAGGUUCACGUACAACCACAUGGUACCAAUGCCCCCAGAGAGAGCAAUGGUCACCUAAUGGUGGAGAACCAAGGUAGUAGGUACAAAGAGAGCGACUUUAAAAGUUGGUGUGCAGUUUUAAGUUAAGGUUUUGUGUAAUUGACUCUUUGAAAGCCAGAAGUGUUUUUUUUUUUUAAAGUUGUCGGUCAAUUUGUCAGUGUUCAAGUGUUUUUAUUUUUAUUGUCUUUGUGAACACGUCGAUUGCGUGUCUUUUAGUGCGUUUGUGCAAAUAUACAUAUCAAAUCUGUAAGGUUAUGAAAUUAAUUCUUCUUACUCGUAAUAAUUUUUUUUUCGAGAUAAUUUUUGGUUCUAAACGAAUUUCUUCUAUUUCAGAGUCUAUCAAUAAUUAUUGUUCUAUUCAAUGCCUUGUCUAAAUAUUUCUAUCUCUGUGUAGUUGUAGAAACAUCUUCCUAUUUCGAUGCAUUUAAAAUUUGUUUUGUAUUUAAGCUCAAAUAUGUAAUGCCUAUGACGUUAGCCAAUAAAGCCAACAUUUGUCACAAACAUGUCAGUUUCAGAAAGGCAGUUCAAGUUAUGUUGGUUACAAUGUUGGCAUUGUUGGUCAUAUUGGGUAUUACAAGAACUAUUACAGUAUUUUUUAAAUUAAGUAUUUUUAAGUUAGUGUAAAACUUAAGCAUUGGAAUAUGGUUCCGUCCAAAUAUUUUUGCAUUCCAAAGGAAUAGUUAAGUUAGUAUUUCGAUGUAAAUAUAUCUUUGUAAAAGUAGUGGCAUUUAUGUAAAUAUUAAGUUUAUUUUAUUUUUAUUGUCUUUUGUGAAGAAAUGACAAAAAACUUAAAUAAAGAAGUUGAUAAGUUACUUCAGUCGUAUUAUUUUUAGUCUGAAACCAUAUAAGAAUUUCAUCAAACUGCGUAACCUGAAUACCAAUGUUUCAUGGAAUGUGACGUCUUUCGACAUUUAUAACAAAGUCAUCAUUAAGUAGCUUUUAAUAUUACCUUCAUGAUUCAUCCUAAUGCACUCGAAACAAAACUCGAUGACACCUCUUCAACAAAAUGAGCAAAAAAAAAACAAAAUCACAUCCCAAACCCAAUCAGACCACUUAAUCCAUCGACAGCUGUAGGUUAUUCCCGUCAACCAUUUGUACCCAAGGACGCGAUCCUAUACUCAGAGAACCAUCCUUCCACGAACAAUGUAAAACGACACAUACGCGGUUAAAAUUUUAACUCAAAGGC